AUGGGAAAAUAUUUAAUUAUCUUCGUCAGUUUUUUCCUCACAAUAUGCAACUUAUCAUCAUCGACUGAGAUCAACUGUGGCUAUGGUGAAAAUGGAAAUUAUCAGGGCAUUUUAGGAUACAUUUACCAAUGUGAAGUUGAAAAUGACCCAAACAUAGAAACAAAAGAGUCAGCUACAAUAACAGCGUUUAAAGGACUCCACAGAAACUUAAACUCUGACGUAACCGUUUUUGGCAUUCGUGCUGAAGGCAAAACUUUUAAAUAUUUCCCACAAAGCAUGGAAAAAAUCUUCAAAAGUCUCAAAGUCAUCGACUUCUAUAGAGUUGGAAUGGUUGAGAUCCACGAGUCUGAUUUGAAGCCAUUCCCAGAUCUUGUUGUGCUUUAUUUGGGUCAUAAUAGCAUUGAAACUUUAGAAACAGGACUUUUUGAUCACAAUCCAAAAUUGCAAGUCAUUGCUUUUCCUUACAAUGGAAUUAAGCACAUUUAUGGGAAUAUUUUUGAUAAUUUGCAUCAAUUGUCAAGAUUUUGGUUCAAAGGCAAUGACUGCAUAAAUUCUGAAUAUAAUUCGAGAAGUGAAAUAUCAACAGCGAUUGAAAAUGUUAAGGAACAUUGCGCUGUGGUUACUGAUAUAGCUAGUGAAGAGUCGGAACUUGAUGAUAAUUUACAGGAACAUGAAGAUGAAUCUGACAGAAAAUUCACCGAUUCUGAGGAAGAUUGGAACUCAAAAAGUGUUGGCACUGAACAAAAUUACAAUGUUGAGCAAAAUGGAAGCACUGAGCCAAAUGGAAGUGCUGAAAAAAGUGGAAGCUUAAUGAUUAUUGGGCUUCUUGCUGCAAUUUCACUUAAAUUUUUUGCGUAA